UCAGUCCGCAAAGGGACGCCGAAGGCGAAGGCUGCAACUGAAGACGGGCGCGCGGGUCGAAACGUCUGCUGCCAUACUCUCCACCGCAUCUCCCCUCACAGUUAUCCGGCUCCCGGCGGCUGACAUUAUGCGGCGAGCGGCGACGGCAGCUGUUCUGGUGUCCGUGGUGGCGCUGAUGACGCGGCCGUGGACGGCGCGCGCCUUCCCAGACGGCGCUCCCGUGGACGCGUGUGUGAAGCCGCGCCCCAACCAGCCGUACCACGGGCAAGCGCGGCCUGGGGACCCGCGAGACAACCCCUUCUCCAUCGUCGCCUCGGACGAUCGCUACGGCCCUGGAUCCAAGAUAACCGUGACCAUCGAGGGCGGCCGCGGGGAGCCCUUCCGGGGCUUCUUCGUGCAGGCGCGCGACGCGGCCACGGGGGCGUGGCUGGGCACGUGGGAGGAGCACCCGCCCUACACGAACGGCCUGCCCGAGUGCGCCGCCAUCACGCACGGAGACAACCGGGACAAGGCGCGCGUCACGCUCACGUGGCAGGCGCCGAGGGGCGCAAGCGACGGCGGCCAGGUCUACUUCACGGGCUCGGUGGUGCAGGACUACGCGACCUUCUGGGUCGACAUCGUCUCCAGGGUAGCGUGAGCGACGGUCGAAUCCCGCCACGUCAUCGCCUACGUCAGAGCUGCCGUCCCGCCAAUCACAAGCCAAAGCCGCCCGCCGCCUGUCCAAUCACAGUCGACUACGUUUCCACCACUGUGUCACUGCAGAGCCUAACACACACACACACACACACACACACACAAACACACACACACUUUAUGGAAGUUAGUAUGGAGCGACAAUUGGCGUCUUAUAUUGAGCGUAAAUACUUGACUGCAUCAGUGCAAAAUACAGCCAAUGCGUGACCAUGAAUCUCUUCAACUAAUUGCUUCCUUUUGGAAGAAUAGGCGUAGAAAUAUGUCAGUGCUGUCUAAGCCCAUCGAUUUUACAGCCACAGAUUCUCUUGAAUGUUUCUCUAAACCUGAAUACAUCGUUCCUUAAACCCAACAAGAAUAUUGAAAAUUGCGAAGUGUGUGAGAAAAGUAACGAAACUGAGUUUUUAUCUACCACCGCUUUCAUUCUUUUCAAACAACAGGGUCCUUUAACACAUCCUUCACAUUGUUUUGAAUGUUCUCCAGAGAUCCAAAAUGACGUCCUUGUAAGACUUUUUCAAUUUCGGGAAGAUAGGAGACAAGGUACUGGCAGAAGUAAACCUAUGAGGUCGGGGCCUCAGGCGUACUUAGGUAGCUCAGACGGUAGAGCACCUGCCUGCGAAAGGCAAAGGUCGUGAGUUCGUGUCUCGGUCUGGCACACAGUUUUAAUCUGCCAGGAAGUUAAGUUUCAUAUCAGCACACACUCUGCUGCACAGUGAAAAUCUCAUUUUGAAAAGAAAAAAAGUCAGAAGAACUCAGAUCAGGUAAACAAGGUGGCUGCGGAACAAUAGGAAUAAUUCCGUGACGGAAGUGGCCGUGUGACAUCGGGCGUUGUCAUGUUGAAGCAUCCCUUGUUUGCAGUCUUCAGUCUCACCCAAUUCACCCUUUACCUGAGCUUUUCAAGGACAUCUUUACAAAACCGUUGCUUGACAUUUUGUCCUGGAGGAAUAAAUUCUUUAUGCAAGAUACCACUACUCUAAAAAAAGACAAUUCUUCAUUGUUUUGAUCUUUGACUUCCUCAUUCAAGCUUUUUUCGGCAGAGGAGAUGCUUCGGUGUGCCACUCCUCACAUUGCCGCUUUGUCUCACGAUCACACCCAAAAGUCCAGGGUUCAUCACCUGUGGUCAACCGACCGUACCAUACGUGGUCGUUGUCAGUCCUCUCAAGAAGAUCAAGGCACUCAUUUCUCUGAUUGUCAUUGUGUUCAGUUGUGAGGUUUUUCGGCACCAUUUUGGCACAAAACUUUCGCAUGUGCAUAACUUCAGUCAAAAUUUGAUGUGUGGUCAAAGUGUUUAACAGGUCGCCCAUAAUCCUGAUUGUUAAAUGUCGGUCUGAUCUCACAGCAGCACGCAAACGUUCAAUGUUUUCGUCCAUUUGUGAAGCUGAAGGUCUCCUUGAACGAGGUUCAUCUUCAAACUUUCCUCGCGCCCUCCAAAAAUGAUCUGUGCCAGCGAAACACUUGUGCUGUUGAUAGGAAUCGUUCCCCACAUGCCUGUUUUAACUUUUCAAUGGUCACUCUCUCGGAUUCCCCAGUUUAAAGCAAGACUGAUUGCAUAACGUUGCUCCAAAUUCCGCUGUUCCAUUUCCGUAACACGCAACAAAAACCCAAAUUCACUCGUGUUGCUCUCAAAAAUCACAUGAUGGCUGCACAGAGCUGAAACUCGAACUGAGCAUCUGCAAGGGAGGUGGUUAUAAUGACAUUUAAAUUUAACUAUAUCUUUAUCUUGACCAAAAGUAUACAUAUCUCUUCCUUUCAAAACAGGCACUAAUCGCCAUUACGGAGCAUGAUAAGAUGAGAGCAAUACGUGUCUCCAUGAAAACUAUUUUAAAGCAGUUAAAUAUCCCCAAAAUUCCUGGAUAUCGGCACCACUGCCUGAAAACACGUCUCAUUCUCUAAGCCAAACUCGUCCAAAAUACUUUAUUGCUUCCGGUCUACAAAAGAAGUGCCAUUUUAAAAAUGGUUGAGCUGUUUGCAUAUUCUUUUAGCUUUUCCUUCCGAUGAAAAGACUGACAGGCAUCUUUACUGGCAUCAGCCUGUGACGUUGAAAUACGAAGCCUUUAAUUACACAAAGUAUCAUGUUUCUUCGCUGGUCCGAUUUUUCAAAAUAUGUUAAAUAACUUCACUACAUUUAUCGCAAGAUUGUCACCCUGAAGAAUACACCAAAUGCAUUAUAUUGCGUGCGUUUUGUGCUUGUAGCCAGGUACAACCAAAUAAAAUCAUUUUCCGAAUUAGUGAAGUAAUUCAGUAAACAUGUAACAGAAAAAUACCGCCGCAACACGAAUAAUAACAAAAUGUGCACAUUGAGAACGGGUUUACAACACAAGUCACUUUAAUACUAAGAAAUCAAAACUAAGGAAAUAUUAUGUCUUAUAUAACAGAAACGCUACGCAUAAAAUAUUCUAUAGCAAAAGGAUGUAUUUCGCUACAGAAAUCAAGCCACAUUAAGACAAUGCCACGUUACUGUUCAGGAAGAUUCAUCACGUAAACGAAGUACAGUAAGGUUAUCACAAUUAAAAAGUUAUAGUCAUUGUAACUACUGGUUGUUUUCUACAUAUUUUAAUUUCUGCUACAGACAAAGUACCUCAUUACGCUACGUACAGUUCACGAAUUUCUUCAGCUGUUUGUCUCCCAUUCUGCUGAUACAGGCAUUCCUGUUCGAUCAAUUUAGGAUCUCAGUUCAGAUAUGCAUAUAUAUCGACUGUCAAUUCACCUCAUCUGUAUAAAUAAUUAAGUUUCCUGGAAUAUCAGUCUCCAAUAUUUUUCAUGUUCUCUUUAUUAUUGCAGGGAGAUACUGCAUUCAGUCUGAUGUGUUUACUUUCUUAUUAUUGAUGUCACUAGUUCCGCUUGUUUUAAUUUUUGUUCAGGACACCUGAUGUCUACUUCUAUAUUGUUAGGCAAUGCUUUCAACUAAUCAGUGUUUUUUUUAUCCCAGACUCAUUGUCUUCCUCCAUAACGAAUUUGAUUUAUCCUGUACAGAGUCCAAAUGAGAUAGUAUACGACUAAGACUAGCACCUUGUCUGACCCUAGCUUAUGGCAUAAAAGAGUUUUGAAAUUUAAUUCACAUAAAUCAUAAUUGGUUUUGCAAGAAUUUACUCCACUGGAGCACUUCUCAUGUUACUGAUUCAAAGUCAACAAAUUAUUGGUCUCUAAAAAGCGGUUACCAGCCCAAAAAAAUCAGCGCAUUGACUGUUGAAUUAAAAAACCGUUGCCAUAACUAAAAAUAUAAACAUAUCUAAACCUAUGCAAUAGAGUAAUUCGUUUGAUGCAAAAGGUGAGAACUCCCUACUUGCUUACUACAAGUUUCUCACUACUAGACUCAAAGGUUUGGAAGGCGGUGGCUAUUGGCACCAUAAGUAUUAACCAGCCACAGAGAGGCUAUCGUUCUGCAUUUUAGAAUGUACAUAUCAUUUGCAUGUAACCCUUUAACAUAAGUAUGUAAUAUGUUAUGUGACCAACUGUUUUUGUAUUGUGUUCUUAUUUAACUCGUGUAGUCUUUUUGAGUGAUCCACACAAUAAAAAGGAAUGGAUGUUUACAAAUAUUAA